UUAGUUCAGCCCGGUGAAAAAGAUCAGAAUGUUGAUCAAACGAUGUCAAAAUAGCACGUGCGCGGUCUGUUUACUUGCAUUCGUACACUUGCCGGUGUUGCAGGUUUUCGUUUCGGUUGGAAUUUCCUCAAAAAGUAGCCGUAAAAAUGGGUGGAAGCUCGAAAAAGUUCAAAAAAGCAGAAAAAUCCAAGAUCAAACUAAAGGGAGCCAAACUCCCGAAAGGUGCCAAUGUGACGAAAACAAACUUCAAAGUGCGCAAAAUAGUCGUACCGGAUCAGCUGAAGCAGCGUAAUCUGACCAACGCAGCGGUACUGUCCAACAAAAACUUAACCCUGAAGGAUUGCCUCGCCAAACUGAAGCUCAACAAUGUGUCGUCCAAAAUCGAAGGACUGCGCGGAGUGCGAGAAAUCAUCACGAAAAUGCCGUCGGAGCUGCACCGGAUGCUCAGCUCGGUGGUCAAAGACGUCUCCAGCCUUUCCAUCGACAUUGAGCACGAUGUGCGGAGGGACGCGUACAAAACACUCGGAUGCAUACUGGCCGCUUGUGGGCAGUCCGUGAUGGUUCCGUUCUAUGAGGUGCUGUUGUCCUUUCUGCGCUGCAGCAUGACCCACAUUCAGUCGCGAAUCCAGGAAGAUUCGCUCCUGCUGCUGGAUGUACUGCUCCAGUACCUGCCGGAGCUGGUUGUGGCCAACCGGGACAAGAUACUGCCGCAGUUUUUGGACAUGAUUUCGAAGCUGAGAACGGAAUCCAAACCGGGCCGCACGCUGACGAUCAAUCUCGACAAGCAGUCGACAAGUACGCGGUGGCGCGUGAAGGUGCUCUCGCGGUUGACGGGAAUAUUGAAAAUUCUUAUCGACAGCAAGCGGACAAAAAAUGAAACAGCAGAGCCGCUAGAGGAAGCUGUUUCGCUGGCGGAAGAUGUAGAUAAUCCGUUUGCUUCCAAGGUACCCGAUUAUCAACCGGACAAAGCGGUACAAAUCAAUUACACGUUCGAUAGAGCCAGCACAAUGUUUUUACCAAUCCAAAAGCGUCACCUCUAUACGACCUGCCCGAUGGAUGUGUUGUUCCGCAAGACGACCGGCACGGAUAAAGACCUCUCGCUGGGCGAUCGGGUCGAUGACGGCCGCAAGCUCAAGAUGUACGUGGAGAUGCUGAUGCCAGUGCUGUUUGAAUCCUGGCUAGAGGUCCGACCAACCGGUACCGGUGCGGAACCGGGACAGGAGCACGCCCUAACGCAGGAAGCGGCCGCCACGCUCGAACUGUUGAUGGCCAUUUUCAUACAGCUUUGGGAUUUGACCGUUCAGUACUGCGGUGAAACAAACAACGACGAUAUGAAACGCUGGUUCCGGGAGGAGUACGGUGCCAAAUUCUGUACCCACAUUCUCGGCGGCUUCCCGUACUACCAGUCCGGCACGGAGACGAAAAGCCAACAGCCCAAGCGAUCCAAAACGACGGCUCCGAUUUUGAGCGAAAAAACGGUCGAUGAUCACUGCUAUCGGCAUAACUUCAACAUCUGCUACUUUUACUGCUGCCUGCAUGAGCAGUUCCGCGGAGGGAAGAAAAAGUCCCAGCCGUACACGAAAAUUGUCGAGUACGUGAAGCGGUGCGUAAUGAACUGGAAGUUCCGCGGUGCCGAAGCAACGAACCUGUUGCUGCAAGUCCUGCGCUACAUGCUACUCGAGACCGACUGUAUGGCGGUUAAUCAGGAAACGCGCACGCUGCUCCAAACGCUGCUGGAGGUGUACAUAACGGCGAAGCUGCCGCAGGAAAUCCGCAACCGCAUUUUGGUGCUGUUUUGUGACAUUAUCGUGGGCAGCGAUUCGCUAUGGCGCCGGUACGGCCAGGAGCUGUUUACGCUCUGGCUCAAGAUGUUGCCCAACUUGCUGUGCAAACCGUCGAUCGAUAUGGAGGUGCUGAAGGCGCUGCUUUGUCUGGGGCAGCGUGGCAACGUACCGUUCCUGGAGGUGCUAGAAGCGAAUGCGAAGCAGAUUGUGGCGAACAUGGAAACGAUUCGUGUUACGAAUGAAGCGGAACAGGGCGAAGGCUUUGUACUGAUAUGUAAUUUACUGUUCUAUGUUCGCAAACGGGAACUGAUCAGAGAGUUGAUCGAUUUCGAUGCGCUGGGACUGAAGGACGCUACGCAAAGGGAACGCUUGUGUAGUACGCUAGAACUUAAGCUAGGAAUGUUACAGGAGUAAGUAAUACAAAUAUCAGUAAAAAUGAUAAGAAAUAAAAAAAAAUCAAAGAAAUUCAUAACAA